AUGGCGCUUGUGAUACUUUGGCCGCAAGAUCAGAGAGUAUGGAAUACUCAAGACCCUCCAAGCACACAAGCCCCGGCCUAUCAGCCCGCACCACCCCUAGGUUACCCGACUGGCAGUUCUGCUUAUUCAGGGUCCUCCCCCACACCAAAGGGAUACUCAACAAGGGACGGCACAACAAGGGACGGCACAACAGGGGACGGCGCAACAGGGGACGGCACAAGAGCUCUGUCAUACGGGACGAAUUCUGGAAGGAGGCUUCCGAAAAUUAGACUGGAUUCUCCGGUCACAAGUCCUGUGCGAAGUCCUAAAAAUCGUGAAAAUGGCAAUGGUGGAAGUGCCAUACCGGCCGAUUACCCAUAUGCCGAAAUAACAGCCAGCGCUGCAGCUUUCGGCGCUAAGGGAAAACGAGAUUACAUGGAGGACAGAUUUGUUAUCGACGAGACUCUGAAAAAACAAUUUGGUGUUUCAAUUUACGCGGUUUUUGAUGGACACGGUGGAGAUGCUACUUCAGAAUGGGCAAGGGUAAACAUAAUUCAAGCGUUAAAAGACCAAAUUCAGCGUGAGAAGCAGAGAGCACCAUGGGAAUUACAAGAAGGAAUUAACUAUAAAUCGAUCUUCGUGAAUAUAAUUGAAGAAAUGGAUUACAACUACUGUGCGGAGCAGCGCCAGCAGCUGGCGGUGCAGCGAUGGCAGCUGCAGCAGCAGCAGGCGAGGCAGGGGUACAUGCUGGGAGAGAUUCGGAUACAGGGGCAGAAGCAGCCACAAGGAAUAGAAGAUCCGGGCAGCACUGCAAUAAUUGCAGUGAUGGAUGGAUCGCGGUUGUAUGUGGCAAAUGUAGGGGAUUCUCGAGCUUUCGUGUGUACUUCCGGCGGACAAGUAAUAAAGCUUUCGGAGGAUCAUAAACCUGAUUUGGGAAAAGAGAAAACAAGAAUUGAAAGAUAUGGUGGAAGAGUUACUGCACCGGAAAGUGAUGCGCCCCGAAUAAACGGAGGUCUCGCGGUGUCAAGAGCUUUGGGAGACAGCUCAUUAAAAACCGGGAAAAAGAAUGGAAUAUUGAUCGCUACACCAGACGUUUUACAAUAUGACCUCAAAAAAGGGGACUUUCUUGUACUUUCAUCGGAUGGACUGUUCGAGCACUUUUGGAAACGGGAAGACGUUUGCGAUUUUCUCCGGCCAAAGCUCACUGAACCAUACUUUGGAGCUAAAAGUGCAUCUGAGACAGCUGUCAAUGGAUAUGCGGAAGAUAAUACUACCACUUUAGUGGUUAAGAUGCAAACCGGCAUUCCGCAGAGUAGUCCGCAGAGUAGUCCGCAGAGUAGUCCGCAGAGGAGUCCGCAGCAGCAGAUAAGAAGUAGGAAAUUUACACAGUUCUAA